UUGCGCCAAAUUACAGAAUUGGCUGGAAAUUCCGGUACCGGCAAAACGAAAAUGUGCCUGCAGUUAUGCUUGAAUGUGCAAAUACCGAAAUCCGCUGGCGGACUGGAGGGUGCUGCUCUUUUCAUAGAUACCCGACAGGACUUCCAUCCCGACAGAUUGCAAGAACUGGCCAGAGGCCUGGAGAAGGAGUAUAAGCAGAGAGCACCUGACUUUCAGGCGUCCAAAAUGCUGCAAAACGUCCACUACGUGAGCUGUCCCAAUGCUGUCCAGUUGAUGGCCACCGUCCUGAGCUCCUACCGGCACCUGAUUGCCCAUCCAAAUAUAAAAGUGAUUGUGAUCGAUUCGCUAGCGUUCUCCUUGCGCAUGCUGGACGAUGGCGCCCAGCGCUUUGAGCUGCUCCUGGAGCUGGUCGAAAGUAUGAGGCAACUGCUGCGCGAACACGAAGUGGCCUGGGUCGUCACCAAUGUGCUGACGCAUCGGUGUAUCGGCGACCAAUUCCAUGUCGUGCCCGCCCUGGGGGAAAUGUAUUCGCACUUGAUCAACGAGCGCAUCUGGUUUUCACGGAGCGGCCAGUGCUUUCUGGGAAAGUCGUGGAAAACUAGCAGAUUAAUCAAGGAUUCGAGGUGAUCCGGCAUCUGAUUACGACGGCGGGGUGGC